GUGAUCAUGGGUCGAUAAACAGCUUUCAAAAGCGCUAGUUGCAUAGCAGACUUCGCUUGUGCUGAUGAAAUGGAGACUGAAACAGGGAAGCUUGAAUUUGAACAGUUUGAUGCUUUGCAGAGCAGUGGGCUACUAGACUCACUGUACGAUUCCAUAACUCUGAAACAAAAAGUCACGGCACAGUAUAAAAAAUUAAAUCCUGUGAUAAAAGGAAGAAUUCGCGCAUUGAAGCAUAUACUGCACGAAACCUUGAAGCUGGAAGCUGAAUUUUACAAGGAGAUAGCUAAACUUGAACGCCGGUUUCUGGAAAGGCACGAGAAGCUAUUCACAAAGCGACGGGCGAUCGUGAUCGGGGAGUACGAGCCCAAGGGAGAGGAGACCGUAUGGUUAACCAGUGAGGAUGAAGAUGGAACCUGCGACAGUCCCAUGGUGUAUCAUAAAUCUGGCAAUGAAGGUGACGCCCCUCAGCGGCUGAAGCCAGAUUGCAUUAGCAAGUCCCCAUCACCAAAGGGAAUUCCCGAAUUUUGGCUUACAGUUCUCAGGAACGCUCCGUUGCUCAGUGACACUAUUCACGCUGGGGAUGUUGACGUGUUGAAGUCACUGAGAGACAUUCGAUCAGUGACGAUGGAAUCUGGGGAAAGGCCGGGCUUUCAACUCGAAUUUGAAUUUGCUCCAAAUGACUACUUUACAAACAGCGUUCUUGGAAAGCGCUACUAUUUGAGCUUCGAUCUAAAGCAAGACAACCCCCUUUCCUUCGAUGGACCAGAAGUCAUCGCCUCGGAAGGAUGUAUUAUCAAUUGGAAAGCUGGCAAGAACCUGACAUUAAAUGUCUCAUCGAAGACGCAACGGAGUCGAAUGAGCGGAGAAAAGCAAACAAUAACUAAAUCGACCAAAACAGAUUCUUUUUUCCAGUUUUUCGAUCCACCAAAGUCAUCCGGCGCACCGAAGGGUACGGAUCCUGCGUUAGAACAGCGAUUACUGGAAGACUUUGAUCUGGGGCAGUACAUCAGGGAACGCGUAAUCCCAAGGGCAGUGGCUUAUUAUACAGGUGAAGCCUUGGAUUUGGAAAAUGAGGUAAGAGUACCAUGCAAGCUAACCGUCGAAAUGCAUAAAAAGAGCAUAAAUACUGCAGUGCACAUAUCGCAACUAAGCAGGAUAAAUUCUAUUUUACGAGUCGUGAGUACUCCCAUUUGUUCACUGAAUUGAGUAGCCGUACCAAAUGUCCGUGAAACGCAAUAUGCUCUUUGGUUUAUCAGCGCAUGCGCCAUAACAGUCGGUCAUGUAUAGGCCCCAGCCAAGUGAUGUUGUUCUGUAACCUGUAUAGUUGUGGAAGAUCUGUGGCGCCUGUACCGUGUGUAACGCUCAGUGACUGUAAGGCGGAGCCGAACAUGUCGGGCACUUGGAAAUAUAUCAUCCCACUUAUUCUCUACAACCACAGUGUAAAUGAUCCGUUGGUUUAGAAAUCGGAUGCCUUAGAGUGCAGUUUGCAGUUAGAAGCAGGGCCUUGUGUGCAAUGUUUAAUUGUUUCAUGUCUCGAAAUAUAUUUUAGGCAGACGAUGUGGACGACUUUCCCGUAAGUCCUUGAAUUAAUGCUGUUUGGUCUACUGUAAAUUAAUAACAGUCAAUCAGACUGUAUCGGUUUACUGAACGAGUCUUAUGUAUUUUUAGAUAGCUCAGCCUCCUGAUUCAAGUGCAGGACAGAUGUUUCUACGUCGUUGGAUGGGGACUCACAUAUCAGCCUCCAUGGGAACCAAUAUAUACAUCGGUGUUCCCACUUUUGAUAAUACCGGGGCCAUUAACCAUGUAUUCAGCAGUUUCCCUUUUAUAGACAGGUUGUUGCCUAGUUAGCUGUCACUUUUGUACUUUGACAGUUAAAUUCGAAAGGUUACCGUUACACAUUUAUUGGAUCGGGAAUCAGCAGCUUAAAUCUGUUUUCGUCACUGCUCAUAUCUUCUUGUCUCCAUACACUAUACCGGGUUAAUCUUGGUGCCCCUGUGGUAUUCCUGCUGAGAAUGCAAUUUACGCAGUUUGUAAAAUGUGGUUAAGAACCACUGUAGAUACCUGAUUGACUUGGAUUAACAAGUUUCUAGGGACUUUGUGGAGAAAAAUAUGGCCCUCGCAAAUCUAUUGACGUGGACGUUUGCCUUUCGGCCGGUGCUAUCAGCAUAGGUCCGCACUGUUUCCGAACUAAGAGAAAAGAUUCGUUUCGUUAUCCAAAAGCCCCGCGUAACAUCAACUGUUUUGAAAAUCAAUGUAUCCUAGCAGAAAACAUAUUUGCGUUGUCCACGAACUUAUAAGCAAAACCAACCUGUGACGGGAGGUCGAUGCCGGACUGCCAAGACCGAUAGGUGUUCGGUUUCCGUUAACUGGACAAUGUGAAAAUAGUUUGGUGGAGUAGUCUCAGUUAGAUACAGUUACUUUCAACGUAUUUGCUGCCUUAAAGACAAGCAGCUGACGCUUCUUUUAGAGGCCUGUUUAAAAGGCCGCAUUUCUUUAAACAUAUGAAUAAUAGGAGUGUGGAGGCCAUUAGGACCACUUUUAACUUACUGAACACAAAUGAAACUGCGAAGUGGUUUCCCGUUAAGUAAGCUCCCGAAAAUCUUUAUUGACAGUUUGAUUUUCUUCCCUCCUUCCAUUCUAGGAAGAAUUUGAUGAUGAGUCGGAAGAGGGGGCUGAUGACAUCGAUAACCCCUGAAUAAACAAGUAAAUGUUGUGAGAUCUUACUCUGAGGAAAAUAAAACAUCGUUAUCAC